AUGCCGUCAACCGAGAACGACAUUAAAAACAAGGAUUUGCUCUUGAACAGCUCUAACAAUCCAUGUAACAAAACCGACACACCAUCUAUUGAUAUUGAAGUUAAACUGAUCGAGCAGCGAAACAAGGCCCAAGACAACGUCGACAAGCGCAAAAUCUUGUUAAAGACCUCAUCGAGCUCCACCAGCAGUAUUAGUAGUUCGACGGACGAUGUUGGUGCGGAGCUGGUCACGUAUAUAAUGAAGGAGGAAGAUCGUAGAAUGAGUACGAGAACUUCCGUUGCUACUGAUAUCUCCUCCGUUGAUGGUGACGCUGAUGUUGGAUUUAAGGAUGGGGAACAACAUGAACUUGAUGUACAAUUGUUAUACGACAUUGCUCACAACAUGAUUGGCCGCAACAUUCCGUUUGAGACACCAUUUGGCACUAAGGCCCAGUGCUACGCAGACUACACAGCCAGUGGAAAGGCCAUCGAAAGUAUUGAAACUUUCAUCCGCAAUGAGGUUAUGCCUACGUAUGGCAACACGCACACUACCACGUCGGUCACAGGGCUCCAAACCACCUCCUUUCGAGAAGAGGCCCGCCAGAUCAUUGGUAAGGCAGUGAACGCCCGUUUUCAUGGCAGAGAAGCUCGUGACGUGGUUAUCUUCAGUGGACAAGGUUGUACAAGUGCCAUCAACAAGUUUAUUACUGCUCUUGGUCUUAACACAAUGCGACGUCACCAUCGUCCGUACAAGCGACCGGUCAUCUUCACGUGCCCUUUUUCGCAUCACUCGAAUUUGCUCCCGUGGCGUGAGCUGUACGCUGUCGAUGUCGUUGAGAUUUGUGAGGCCAAGACUGGUGGUUUGGACUUGAAGGAGCUUGAGCGUCAACUCCAUAUUUAUCAGGGUCGUGAACUUAAGAUCGGCACAUUUGCCGCUGCCUCUAACUUAACGGGUAUGUUAACUGACGUUGACAAGGUGUCAAAGCUACUUCACAAAUACGGAGCACUUUCCUGCUGGGAUUACGCCACAAGCGCCCCUUAUGUCGAUAUCGACAUGAACCCCAGAGACCCUUCUGCCUACAAGGAUGCCGUGUUCUUUUCGGGUCACAAAUUCGUCGGUGGUCCCGGUUCUCCGGGUGUAUUGAUUGUCAAAAAGAACCUGAUGAACAAUGAGGUGCCGACGAUGCCUGGUGGCGGCACCGUGUUGUUCGUGACAGAGAAGGCUCACAGUUACCUGGCCAACAACGUAGAGCGUGAAGAGGGUGGCACCCCCGACAUUAUCGGUAGCAUUCGCCUCGGUCUCGCCUUUGAAAUGAAGCAGCGCGUGGGCACCAAGCACAUUAUGGACCUUGAACGCCAACACGUACGUCAUGUCCGCGAGGUGCUGGGUCAGAAUGAUCAUAUUAUGCUUCUUGGCCACGAAAAUGUGGAUCAGCUGCCUAUCUUUUCGUUUCUGAUCCGUUUCGGGGACCGGUUCCUGCACCACAACUUUGUCCGCGAACAUAUUAUUGCUUUGGGCCAUGCUGUUGUCGCCAAAGACGAGGUCCUUAAGCCGGGGGUAUCCCGCGUGAGCUUUCCGUAUUUUGCAGACGACGACGAGGUGGACUACAUCUUGGAAGCGGUGAACUUUGUGGCCAAUCAUGGGUGGAAGUUGUUGCCACAGUACAAGUACGACCCUCACAACGGAUCGUGGCGUCACGUUUCGCGCGCCACGGCUCCAUUCCCGGCUAAGAAGUUUCUGGCAAGUAUGCAACUGGACGAUGUGGAGAUGGUUCGACAGUCUGUGUGUGCUGCUCCAAUUCGCAGCAUCGCCGCUCACCGUCGCGAAAAUAUGGAGCAGGCUACUGUUUUGGCGAAUGCUUGCAUCGAGGAAGCCGCGUCGAUUGAAGAAUUCCCUGAAGGUCCAAAGUUGGUGUCCAGCCAUGAGUGGUUGCGCUGGUUUGUGUACCCGCACGAGGCUGUUGCUGCAUACAAGGAAACGGGCGAGAAGCCGAUGCUCACGGCAAAGAUUGAAGGCCCGUGCCAACCUCAACGCUAUCUAAAUGGCUCAGUCCACAAAGUUUGGGAAGGCGUGCCAUCCCUUGGACAAAUGAAGCGGAGUCUAUGGGGACGUUUUCUGCUUAAGGUAUUCAUGCAGGGCGAAUUAGAUGCCAUGAAGGACAAGAAAAGUGACGACGAAAAGAGCACUUUGAAGGAAGAGGAAGCCAUGUUUGUCGUCUUUGCUGAUUCACUGCAGUGUCAGUAG